AUGUGGCCACUGCUGUCCUUUGUUGCUGCUUUCAUGGGUAAUUGCUUCAUUGUCAUUGACUACUGCUCAGAACGCUGUCAGCUGAAGACCCAACGAGAAAGUACCUGUGCCCACAGGGCCAAAGCCAAAACCAAGGCUUGGAAAACCAAGGAGGCAGACCUGAAAGGCAUCCACAGCCACAAAAAGAAGAUCUGCACAUCAUCUACCUUCCAGAAUCCUAACACCAUGAGGUGCCAGAGGCAGCUCAAAUCCCCUCUAAGUGUGCCCAUGAGAAAUAAGGUUGACUACUAUGCCAUCAUCAAGGUUUGUCUGAACACUGUGUCAGCCAUGAAGAAGAUAGAAGACAACAAUAUACUUAUAUUCACAGUGGAUGUCAAGGCCAACAAGCACCAUGUCAAACAAGCUGUGAAGAAACUCUAUGAAACUUAUGUGGCUAAAGUCAAUACUCUACUAAGACUUGGCAAACAAAAGAAUGAGUAUGUUCAGCUAACUCCUGAUUAUGAUAGCCUGGACAUUGCCAACAAAAUUGAGAUCAUUUAA